AUGUUGCGCCGUAGUGAUCUUCUUCUGAAGAAGGGCUGGACACACAAUCCGGGACGCACAAGACGCGGUGGGAAGAAUCUCGCCUGGCGACCAAAGAUAUCUGAGAAAAUUCUUGAGCAAUUUAUUCCCCUCAACCUCGCAUUCCCGCGGCGUCACCCAAACUCUUGGCAAGAGCUGCAAUUUCGCUUUUUGGGUUAUACGAAAUGGCCGAAAGAGAUUGGAUUCUACAAUGCUGGUGAUAAUUUUGAAUUGACUCCAGAGGCAAUGUACAGAAUUUAUUUAAAAAAUCGAGACGAGGAUUUUUGGUCACGACUGCAUAACGAAAAGACGAUAGUACAUUUAAUGCCAAAAAUAGAAAAGGAACCGAAGAAGUAUAUGGAACGAGUAGAUGACAUAUUUAGACAUCACCUUAAAAGAUUUGGAGCUGAUCAUUAUAUUUAUAAUGCUGUCAUGCAGGCAUCUGCUUUUGCUAAGGAUAUUCUUCGCUGUGAACAAUUGCUAAAUGAAAUGCGAUCACUUGGUCUUGAGCCAAAUGCCCAAACAUACGUGAACAUGAUGCUGGCAGUUCACCUAACUGGUGGACCCCGUGAAAAGGCGGAGGCAUAUAUGAAUGAAGGAGUGAAAACUGGAGCUUUGUCUGCCGUCAUGAGGCUUGAUACAGAAUUUCAAAUGUGGAUGGAUCAGUUUAAGCGUCUUGGUUCUUUUACAGCAAAUACAGGUUACUUGUCAGUGAAUGAUGAGGGGGCCAAGCCGAUGCCCCGCGAUAUGUGGGCUUUAUGGGGAUGGCAUCAUUCUGAACCAAAGUUUAUUAGCCGUAAACGUAUGAUUAAUGAACAAGUUUCUAAUCGUGUACGAUGUGGUAGGGAGUUGGUGGGUACUGUGUAUUCAAAGGCACGCCGUCAACCAUGGGCGAAGUACAAUGGUAUGCUCCCAUUUGACUUUAAUGGUCCGGCGCGCCGAAACACCGUUUCUUUUAAGGACGCUCCUGCUCCUGCACACAAUUUUGAAGUGUGUGGAUCGGCGUUCUAG